GCAUCGCAUCGCGUCAGUGAGUAGGGGGCGAGAUGAGCAGCCAUCUCUCGUCGUCGGCGGCGGCGCCGCUGGAGGACGAAAACCUAUUCCCCGAGAUCCUACUCCGCCUCCCGCCGCAGCCCUCCUCCCUCCCCCGCGCCUCGCUCGUCUGCAAGCGCUGGUGCCGCCUCGCCUCCAACCCCAGCUUCCUCCGCCACUUCCGCAUCCACCACCGCCGCAGCCCUCCCCUCCUCGGCUGCCUCGUCCAAGAUCCCGACGGCAUCUCCUUCCUACCUACAUCGGAGCCCCUCAACCGUCUCCCGCCCGGUCGUUUCUCCUUGCAGUUCUUACUCAGCAACGGAUUCACGCUACACGACUGCCGCCAUGGACUCGUACUUAUGUCCGACCAGAUGCGGCGCCAGUUCGUCGUGUGGGACCCCGUCACCGGCGACCAGCACCGCCUACCGAUUCCCCCGGGGUUCGAUCCGAGGACGACCCGAAUCAAUGGGGCGGUGCUUCGUGCUGCGGGGGACGUCAAACACUUCCAGCUGGUCUUUGUAGCAGCAUACAACCACGGGGUAGCAGCGGCGGCCGCCUGCCUUUACUCGUCGGAGACCGGCGUAUGGGGUAACAUCGUCUCAACACCAAUUCCAUUCGAGUCCGACCGAGGGUCCGCCUUAUAUCAGAUGUUUACUUUCGGAACAAUUUCUACGGAGCCCGCUGUGCUUGUUGGGGAUUCCAUUUACUGGAUUCUUGCCAAUUGUUCAUCAGGCAUCCUUGAGUUUAAUUUUGAGAUGCAGAGACUAGCUGCUAUACGGGUGCCACAUCUGUAUAGAGAUCACUUCAAGCUUAUAAAGGCGGAUAGUGGUGGGCUGGGUCUGCUCCACAUAUCAGACUUCACCAUGCAAGUGUGCAAUUACGAUGGUGUUGCUUCAUGGAGGCUGGGAAGAACUAUUGAACUGGACAAAUUACUUCCCCUGAAUCCAUACAAGGACAACAUAAUGUUAGGAGCGUUUGCCGAGGAAAAUAAUAUGGUGUUCCUGUGGACAUUGAACGGGCUCUAUGCGAUCCAUCUUCAGUCAUUGGAGGUGAAAAAGCUACCCGAAACCACCAACAUAUCUCACUACUAUCCCUUUGAAAGCGUCAAUACGACAGGGAGAGUCCUGCUAUGAGUGGCAAGUCCAUUGGUGUCGGGGAUAUGCCCCGCGGCGUAAACCGGCCGGAAGGAUAAACCGGCCGGACUUGGCGAUUCACCGGCGACCUGCACAGACCAGACGGUUUACAGCUCAUUUGUAAUACCGGCAGGCGGGCCAGAGGAGCAACAAGAUCCGGUGGCCUGUCUGGCGGUUCAUGAAGGCCGGUUCAACUAUGGUGGGCCGGUUUAAGAGGAAAGGAAUAUUUGCCUUACAAGGAGUUGAGACCAGGACUUGUAUCCGGUUUGUAUUAGAGAUAGACUAGUCCUAAUCCUAAUAGGACUCCACAUGUAACCCGCCCCUUCAACAUAUAUAAGGAGAGGCAGGGCUCCCCAAUAGGGACAAGCUACAAGCAA